CAACAACAAAGAACUAUCAUUACUACAGCUUUAGUACACUCAUACCACCACAAAAAAGCCCUGAGAGUUCAAAAGGAUCGAUGCCUCUUCACGUUGGGCGCAACAGCAAUCUGGAAGAAAGAGGACUUCAUCAACGCCGAGCAGCUCGGAGGCGGGAUACGACCCGACUUGGCCGUGGCUCAAAUGGAAAUCGACAAGGAAGUAGUCGAGACUAUAAUCGAAACUGCUGGCACGGCGGGCAUUGAGUUCUGUCUGAAUGCGGCGCCUACAACCCCCAUUAAUAAACGCCUCUAUUAAUACCUCACUUAUCUACUGGUUAACGAGUCGGAAGCAGCUAUCAUGUCCGGCCGCCAUAUGGACGAGGUCAACGAAGAGACCUGGCCAAUUAUCGCUCAGGAAUUUUUGAACCGCGGUGUUGAAAACGUGGUUAUCACACUUGGUGCUAAGGGGGCAUUUUACGCCAAUGCAACAGCGAGCGGCCACUGUCUCACGUUUGAUAUCAAAGUCGAAGAUACUACAGGUGCAGGAGAUACCUUCACGGGGGCAUACUCCUCUGAUUACCUGUGCCAGAAGGCCAAGAGGACUUGGGACACCAGGAGCGCGGUUGUUCGCGCGAUCAAAGCUGCUGCAAUGACGAUUCAAAGCAUGGGAGCCCAGGACGGUAUCCCUUGGGUGGAUGAGAUCGAUGCUUUCGAUGCCCCUCACAAAGUUUGA